AGAGGGGUUGCCUGGGGCCAGGCUUUGGGUGACAGAAGAGAAACGCCCAUCGAGCCAAGCUGCUUUGUCUUUUCUUCUCGUUAUAGUUGACAGGAUUUUUUAAUCAUCAGUCUAAAGUUAGAAUACUACAUUGGAUCGAAGUGGAUGAAAGUUAGAAAGCAGGCGGAAGUUGGGGCUCAAGUUGGACAAAGAGUUCAGUGAGGGUGCAGUCGGACAGGUGUUGUGUCGCUGGCUGGACUUGUCCCGGCCCGACCCGGCCUGGCUCGUUGGCGCAGUGCUGGGCGAUGACAGACAGUGGUCUCCCAAGAUGUUGACUCUGGAUGGCUUGGAGAUGAUCGCCGUGCUGGUGGUCAUGGGUCUCUUCAUCAAAGUCCUGGAGCAGUUUGGGAUGUUCGAGCCUGUCGGAGGGGAAGACAGCGUGGAAGAUGACUUUGAGUUAUCCACUGUGUGUCAUCGCCCUGAGAGCAUGGACAAGCUGCAGGAGCAGACUAAGUUCACCAAGAAGGAGCUUCAAGUCCUCUACAGGGGCUUCAAAAAUGAGUGUCCGAGUGGUGUGGUGAAUGAGGAGAACUUUAAGACCAUUUACUCCCAGUUCUUUCCGCAGGGAGAUUCAAGUAUGUAUGCACAUUUCCUGUUUGAAGCCUUCGACACUAACAAGAACGGCUCAGUUAGUUUCGAGGACUUUGUAUUUGGCCUGUCUAUCAUCCUGAGAGGGACCAUUAAUGACCGGUUAAACUGGGCGUUCAACCUUUAUGACCUGAACAAAGAUGGCUGCAUCACCAAAGAGGAGAUGUUGGACAUCAUGAGGUCCAUCUAUGACAUGAUGGGGAAGUACACAUACCCCACUAUGCAGGACGAUGCUCCAAGAGAACACGUGGAGAGCUUCUUCCAGAAAAUGGACCGGAAUAAAGACGGCGUGGUCACCAUAGAAGAGUUCAUUGAGUCAUGCAAAAAGGAUGAGAACAUCAUGCAGUCCAUGCAGCUGUUUGACAACGUCAUCUAAGAAUCUGGACCAGAGAGUAUGCUGGCACCAGGGAGGGGAGUGUGUGUGUAAGACGAACCGGGAUUGAAAAGAGAGAAAGAGUAUGUGAUUGUGUGUGUGUGUGUGGCCGUAUUCUGACUUGCAAGCUUGUGCUUGUGUGUCUGUUGAAAGCUGUGAGUCCUGAGGGCACCAAGAGGCCCUCUCCCUCUUCCUGGACCCCCAGUGACAUUUCUCCAAGCGACAAUGGAGUUUCCCCCGACUCCCUUCCUCAUCAUGCAGAACCUUAGUUUUACCCCAGAGGCACAGAGAAAGAAGGCAAGCAGCGGGCUCACAGGCACCGGCACACGCAAGACCCCCCACCUGUUUUAUUUAUUACUAUUACUGAUGGAGGAACUAUCGCAGCCUGUAAUGGCUGAACUCAGAGGGAGGAAGUUUCCCUGAAACCUCGAUCUAAGAUCACUUUUACCCCUUUCUCCUGUGAUGGCUGAGAUUUGGAUUUGUGAUUCUGAUCCUGCCUCUGUGCAUGUGGGUAACACCUCCCCUGGAGCCUAGACUGCUCGCGCACCGGCCAUAAAAAUAGAAAUGAAUCUACCACCAUCUUGUGGACGAGAGAGAGAAAGACACUCCCGGAGGAAACAACUGAUGAAUCGGAGAUCCAAGCGAACCCGCUUUCCAGAUGGAGGUUCAAACGUGUUGUUUUCCAUGAAGAACUGAUUACAAUAUCGCAUGAUGUCACUAAUAUCCAAUUAUGUAUUUACAGAGAUACUCCAAAGUCUGCUUGUCUGUCUGCUGUUCCUAGUCAUUCACAGGUGCCUCACCCUUUGUGUAUGUGUGUGCGCAUGUGUAUCAGAGAGAGAUGUCAUCCAUCUUACCUGUGUAAGACUCUAAUGGGACAACACCCACCUCCAUUCAUGGGAUUUUGGUAGAAUAAUUCAGAGCCUUCCAAACUAUUACAGUCUUAGCUGUAGGUGUCUAUUGACUGUUGUACAUUUUCUAGCACUCCCAAUGGUGUGAUAUUAGGCAGUACAUCAUGGGGACUGUGCUGUACUUGACGAGUUGUUUUGACCAUCCCAACUUCUCUCAACACAGGACUCGCAUACCAACGUUGUACUAGUCUACCAAUACACAUCCAAAGGGGAAUUUAUUAGAUUGCAGAUUGUACUUGUGAACUUCUUGUAAUCGGAAAUGUCAUGUGGUUGUAGCAGGUUCUACCACACAAAUUUCAAAACCCUUGUUGCAUUGAAUUAGGCUCAUCCAAUUUCAAAGAGGCAUAGUAUGUGUGUGUGUACUGUUAGUGAGAGCGACAUGGUUUAUUAGUUGUUGUUUUUUUAUGUGCCCCCUUAUUCUGUAUUCUCCCUCUUUCUGUAACACCAAAGAGAAGAUAUAAAUUAAAGAGGUACAUAAAGCCACUCUAGGUUAAGACAUGAAGCCCACCUGUGGGUGAAGAGAGAGGGAGAUGCUGUCUAGUAAGCGGGGCAAGGGGCAAUCAGAGAUGAAGGGAUGUAAUUUGGUGGAUUGGUAAUGUGGUUUAUCUGCACAUUGUCCAAACUGAAGUGUUCAUAUUGUACACCCACAUCAUUUGAAAGACAUUCAAAUUAUUUGCAGCCACUUGUUAAUUAGCUUCUUUUCAAACUGGACUCUCAAAUCCAAGAUGGCGUAAGAAACAGAGACACUCGAGCCGUAAUUACAUAGAAUAUAGUGUCUUUAAAAUGCAGAGAGACUGCAUGGAAUAGCAAUAAUGUUCUCCACCACGUAUCAGCACAUUCCCACUCAUCCAACCUCUCAGAGCACAGUACAAGGGUGCACUAUGGCCCUGAUGAAUAUAUGCACUUCCAGCCCUGCAGUUAUUUUCUAUUGCUGCUUUUUUUUUUUUUUUGUGGGGGGUAAGUGGUUUGGCUCUGAUUGUUCCUUGCCAAUAGUUUUUAAACGUCCAUUCCUGACCACAAGUAAAACCUGUCAAUACCCGCAUGUACUGUGUCUAGAACAAUGAAAACCUACUAACCCGUUGUACUGACUGUCUAGUUAGCUAGCCUCAACUGGUUGCAUUACGUAUUCAAAAUGUGUAUAUUUUGUACAGAGACAAAUAAAAAUCACAGUUACUAUGCAAAAUGGACUGAGGAGUUUGAAUUUUAACGACUGUACAGAAUCAUCUUUAUUAAUAAAAUAAGACAUUUGUAAAGACACAGUGCAAAGCAACAAUCAAGAUUCUGCAUAUUUUAUACCUUAUUUUCCAUCAUCACAAUGUCACCAAGAAAUAGUUCAUAACUUAAAUGUACAUAAUUAUACAUACAAUCCCAACAGCCACAACUGAUUCAACUUAUAGGUAGUGUGUGAACCGACACUAGGUAACGAGUGACUUAGUAACUCAAUUUUCAGUCAAAACAUCCUGGUAAAACUAUGCACAUGAACAAAAAACUUAACUUAAAAUAUUCCUGCAAAAUUCUGGCUGCAACCCAAAUGCAUAUCCUUCACUGGAAAUCCUGUUGCUGUGUCAUUAAAGCUGGAGAGAAACUGAAAAUUUACUUCUGCGUUGCUUUUUUACUCCUCACAAAACACUUCACAUCAAGUUGUCAUCUUCAGGGUUCAGUCUAUGUAUUCUUGACAUUUUUUAUCAACACUCCAGCUUUAAUAUCAAUGUGAUGAAACACUGCAACACCACAGGAGAGACACUUCAGCAUGUCGGUGUUGUCCACUGUUAAAUCAUUCCUCUGUUUUUCACCCUUCCAUUUUUUUCACUUUUCUCUCCAAAGCCUCGUUCACAAUGACACUGCUGGCUCUUAGAGGCUUGAGGUGUG